AUGCCCCGCUCUGCCCUGCAGCUGGAGGUGCCCAGCCGUGGCGUGGACAAGCCGCCUGCCAGCACCGGGCCGUACCUGCUGGGGAAGGACAUUGGCAGGAGCAAGUACGAGUGCAACCUCUGCGCCAAGAGCUUCGGGCAGCUCUCCAACCUCAAGGUCCACCUGAGGGUGCACAGCGGUGAGCGGCCUUUCCAGUGCCCCAUCUGCAAGAAGCGCUUCACGCAGCUGGCACACCUGCAGAAGCACCAGCUGGUGCACACCGGCGAGAAGCCCCACCAGUGCCCGACGUGCCACAAGUGCUUCAGCAGCAGCAGCAACCUGAAGACCCACCUGCGGCUGCACUAGAAGCCCUUCCAGUGCCACCAGUGCCGCAGCCAUUUAAGCAGCUUUUCCUCCGCACUGCCAAGUGCACCCAUCCCUUUUCCACUGGCGGGUGCUGUGACCCUGGGGAUCCAGCUGUGA